UUCCAACCUAGACUGUCGUCUAUUUCAUUCCCCAAUUGGUUGCUAAUGCAGCUUUAUAAUAAACAGGAACCCGUUUCAUUUGUUAUCUUAAUUCUAUAAAGCUUUUAUUUUUUGUUUUUUUCUCGUAUUCUGAAAUUUCUUCACCUGUAUUUAUUAUCUCCACAACCAAAGAAUGUCGGAAAACAUUUCCACCCCUGAUGAAAAAACAGAAUCAUCCACGGAAUCAAAUUCUAAAAUACUAAAAUGGUGCAAGAAAUAUCUACUAGAAGGCCAGCAGCUAGAUGAGAAACAUGCAGAAAAAGUUCAAAACUUUCCUGAAAAUCCAACAGUUUCUGAUUUCGUUUUUAUUAAAUACCGAAAAUUUGUAGCAGUUUUGAUACCGUUCUGCUUUGUACAUGUUUUGUGGUGGAGCACGGCAAUCCGUUACAACUUUUUCCACCUCUACAAUGAUUAUUGGCACAUGCCAGUUACUAUGAUUUUGGGUGCAUUAGUAGCUGGAAUGACUGCUGAAGGAGCUGGAGCUGUUGCAUUUCCGGUUAUGACAUUGAUUCUACAUUUAGCACCUUCAAUUGCAAGAGAUUUCUCUCUUAUGGGACAAUCUAUUGGAAUGAUGUCUUCACUUGUUUGCGUGAUUUUUAUGAAGGUUCAGUACGAAUCAAUGGCUGUGAUUUUUGGAGUACUUGGUGCUAUCCCGGGUUUCAUUUUUGGAGUUCAUGUUUUUGACCCUCUCUUCACUGGAGCACAGAAGAAAAUGAUGUUCGUAUCAAUAUGGACCGCAUUUGCUUUUGCUCUCGGACUACUGAAUGCUCAAAAAAAGAGGCCGACAUUUGUCAAAAUUCCAGAAUUUUGUUUCUGGAAAGGUCUUCUUCUGUUCUUAACAGGUAUUGUUGGAGGAGUCUUUGACGCAUUUGCUGGAAGUGGAAUUGAUAUUUGUAUGUUUUCAAUUGUGACCCUAUUAUUUCGAGUCAGCGAAAAAACAGCUACACCCACAACUAUGAUUUUGAAAGGAAUCGUCUCUGUGUUUGGGUUCUGGUAUCGUGGGGUUAUGAUGGGAGACAUAUCGGAAACUGCAUGGAAUUAUUUUGCUGUAACAAUACCAGUAGUGGCAACAAUGGCACCAAUUGGUUCAUUUCUUGGAUCUCAUCUCCAUCGACAAGUCAUUGCGGGGCUCAUUUAUGUGUUAGAAUUGGCAUCUUUAAUUGGUUUUCUGCUCACAAAUCCCUCGUGGGGACUGAUUUCCGCAGCAGUUACAAUAAUUCUAUGCGGUUUCGGUUUUUUUGCACUCAUUGCCAAGUCUGGUGAAAUUUUGAUGAGAAGAUUGGAAGAAAAUAGUGAAGAAAAACAGGAGAACUUUGAGAUGGUUGCGUGAAUUAAUUAGUUAUUCUUGUGAUAUUUUCCUUGGUGUUUAUUUAUUUAUUUAUUGGAAGAAAAUUCUAUGAAACUUUUCCUUGUUUUAAAUAGCUGUUAUGUGUUCCUCAAAACCUUAUUUUGAAGUUUUAACAAAAAUAAUAGUGUCUGUGAGGAUUUGCAUACUGUUUUUGAACAAAUAAAAUUGAACAAGAACAAA